AUGGCUCUGCAGCAUGACAACCCGUCCUCUCCACGAUCAUCAAGCGGUCUUGAAGAGUCACCCAAAGGAACACCAGAUACUCGAAUGACGACGAUUUCGCCAGAAGGGUCAAAGGAAAAGUGUGCUGGACUUCUUCAUACCCUUUCGCUGUCCCACUGCACCAGGACAUCACCAAUGGCAAUGGAAAUUGACAAGCAAUUCGGCUCUGAUGCGGCGCAAGAGAUGGACCCAUUUGUGACACCUCGACACAGGAACAGCACAAGGCUGUCACCAACUGCGUCAAGUUUCAGUCCAUAUAGGCAUGAGAGCAGUCUCAAUGAAGUUGGUAGAACCAAUCCAGUUGCUACUGCACUCAGCACUGAGCUGGGACUAUCCAGGUGCAUUCUCGUAUCAUCAGACAUUCCGUUGGCUGCUGAGCAGGUCAGGGCUUGGCUAGAUGAAUUUGACCUUCAUGCUCGGCGAAUUUAUGGACAUUGGAGCAUGGACACGGAAAAUGGAAAUGUUUAUGUUCAAUUUUGGGACAUAAGGGAUGCCUGCUCUACCCUGACAAAUAUUUUGAUGUCUAGAAAGGGCUGGAAGAUUAAAUAUUGUGAAGCUUCCCACAAAGUUCAGGGUGCAAGUUCUGAGCCUGAAUCUGUCGCACUGAGCUCCGGUCAGAUUCUUGUGACGGCUACCGUGGCUCCUAAUGCCAUCUCUGAUAGCGGCCAGAUCUUCAAUAUCGCCCAGAGUUUUCUCCAUUCGUACGGGCGGCUUUUCGCCUUCAUCCGAAUUCCAAAGGCAUCAAACAACUCCCCUCUCAGAGCUAUUGCAGAAUUUUGUGAUUUAUCUCACGCGGCGAAGGUGACCGCGAACUGCGCUCACGUUACCACACCUGAGGGCGUGCAUUUGGCGAUUUCGCCAUACGAACCCUGCAACGAUGUUGUGCCGUCACCUAAAUCUAUUCUAGGUAUCCACGGGCCAAAGACGGAGACUCGCUUACAUCAUGAUCAGAGGCCCCAAGAACAUUUCGGUUCCGCUGCUCGAUCUGCCCUACCAGCAGAAGGAGGAAGGGGUCAGCAAUUCACAAUGUACCCUUUAAUGUUCCAGUCACCUUUUGUUGCAAAUGUCCCAUAUAUUCUGGACUCACUUGCGCCUGGAAGUAGCCAGGUUCCUGCGUCGCCGAUGAGUACCCUGGCCGCAACUUAUCCUGUCCUGGGUUCCCUGUAUCAUGCACCUCCCUCUCCGGCCCUGACUGUGCAGAAGAAUUUCAGCCCGUCAAGAGCAGCAGCGGGCUUUUUUCGAUCUGACGGCCGGAGACAAAAUGCAACCAGAAUUACUAGAUCUCCGUACAACAAUCUGACAAACCACCACAAUUACGUUGAUAUCAACCGUAUUCGAGACGGCAUUGAUGUCCGCACAACGAUUAUGCUUCGCAAUAUUCCCAAUAAGGUGGACCAAGCUAUGCUGAAAAGAAUUAUAGACGAGCCCAGUUGGGGAAAAUACGACUUCAUGUAUUUGCGUAUAGACUUUGCCAAUGACUGCAAUGUUGGCUACGCGUUCGUUAAUUUUGUGGAUCCGUUAGACAUAAUCGACGUCAGUUUCUCAUAUGUCUGGAAAAGACUAGCAGCAGCUAACCGAGACCAAACUAUCCAGGGUAAAGACUGUCUGGUCCAGAAGUUUAGGAACAGCUCCGUCAUGCUGGAAGCUCCACAUUAUCGCCCAAAGCUUUACUUUACGUGUAAUGGCCCUCGACCCGAGCUGGCCGGCCAGGAAGAGCCAUUUCCGAGCCCGGAUAACCAAUCGAAGAUGAAAAGGAGCUGUGAAAAUGCAGAGCAUGUGGGACUAUUCACACCCAAUGCCGGACAGCACUAUCGUGACGAGCAGCGGCGCAGACGAUCUCAAUACGACCGUGGAACUAGGCUUGCCGCCCUCGAGGAAUACGACUACGAAGCUGCAAUCCAAAACCUAUACAAUGUUGCACCACAUUGA